AUGAACAGCGCCGAGCAGCACCUGCUGUGCCUGAGCUCAGGUGCCACAGCAAACUCACGGCUCUCUCUUCCUCCAGGUGUUUCUCUGAGCUCUGCUCAGGGUGAGGGGACAGCCCAACCCCAUCACCUGGCCAAGGGCAGGAACGUCAUGCUGCCCUGCAGCUCCUCCCCAGAACAGCACGCACAGGACACGGAGGUGACCUGGUUUUGGGAGCAGCUCUCACCCUUUGUGCAUCACCUCAGAGGGGGACAGGACCAGUAUGGGGAGCAGAUGCUUCAAUACCAAGGGCACACUGAGCUGCUGAAGGAUGGCCCUGCCCAGGGCAGCACACACUUGAAAAUUUUCCAUGUCCAACUCUCUGACAGAGGGAAUUACACAUGUUUUGUUCAACAUGGCUUAGAUUAUGUCAAGGUUAAUGUGAAUAUGGUUCUGGAUCCAGACACAGCCCACUGGGACCUUGUUCUGUCUGAUGAUGGCAAAAGUGUGAAAUGA